AUGGUUCAAAAAACGUCCAACCCGCCAGCCGUACGUGCCAGUCCCCCUCCGGAAAAUGUUUCGGACGCGCUGGCGGGUCUUGACAUCAAUAACAUAGCAAGUGUUGUGGUCAUUGACGAUCAUCUGGUUGAAACGGCGAGUGUAGAUGCCAGCGAAGAGUUUGAAGAGGUAUUGAAUAAGCGAGCGAAAAAACAGAAAGCUCUUUUGCUGCAAGCGAAGCUUGAGGCAGAGGAAAGGCAACUCAAAAAGGGUGAAACGCGAAAGGAAAAGCAGGAGGACGAAAACUGGGGUGCAGUUGCUGAGAAAAACAGAUCCAAACAGCAGGAACGCAAAAAAGUGGAGACUGUCGCUCCAGAGGCCACUUCAACUAUAAACAGCGCUGAUUCUUCGCCUCUAAAAAGUGUGGCAGAAAUACAUGGAGAAGAUGGUUUGAAGACUGUGUGGAAUAGUGCUCAUAUUGCAGGAGAAAAGGAGUCUUUGGAAGGGGGUCCACCAAUAAUUCCUUCACCGAUUGCUAGGCCCAAUCCGCGAUCGAAGUCCGCUGCGUCAGAUACAGCCCCACCAUUUCAGGACCUUGUUAGGAGACAGAUUGUGGAAUUGCCAGUGUCUCUUUCAUCUAGUCAGCCUCUACGUGGAGACAAAUACGAUUUCACCUUUGAUCCGCGAUUACAUGAGGAGCAAAUGCCAAACGAGAAAGUCCUCACAUCUUUAUCGACUGGGGCAAGCUCGGAAGCUGGAAGUAUGACAGAUGAUUUUCGUCUCAAGGAAAAGCUCUACAAGGUCAAGGUGUGGGGCACUUAUGAUAGUUAGCA